UCACAAGGGUCAGCCGGUGCUCCUUUUCUAUGACUUCCAGGAACGCCUCUCCACUCUCCAGCUCGUAGACCGCUUCAAACUUUGGACCAAAACUCAGGCGUUCAUGCAUUUCCUGCAUGCAUUGUUUUCUGUAGUGUUUGAGGCAACGCUCAUCCUCUUCUUUGAUCAGUUCAUACUCCUGAACACUCAUCUAGAGUUCAUUCCUGCCAUCAUUACGUGAGACCCUCCACUUCUCCAUUAACGACCAGUCUUCACAGUUUAAUCAGUUUAGUCUCAUCAGCCUCAGACAACAUCCGAUUUUGGUGCUACUCAGGCUGUUCACCAUGAAGGCCAGUAAGUCGUAUAAGCUUGUGCUGCACAAGAAAGGUUUUGGUGGAAGUGACGAUGAGUUGGUUGUCAAUCCGAAAGUAUUCCCACAAGUCAAUCUGGGGGAUAUUAUUGAGAUUGCUCACCCUACAGAUGAAUACAGUCCUCUCCUGUUGCAAGUGAAAAGCCUAAAAGAGGAUCUUCAGAAAGAGAUAAUCAGUGUGGACCAGACUGUUGCACAAGCGUUCAAACUUCGUGCUUACCAGGAUGUGAUUAUUAGCAUUGUAGACCCUAAGGAUGUAACGUUGGACCUUGUUGAGCUGACGUUUAAAGAUCAGUACAUUGGUAGAGGAGACAUGUGGAGACUGAAGAAGUGCCUGGUGAGCACAUGUGCUUAUGUGACACAGAAAGUGGAGUUUGCAGGAAUUAGAGCACAAGCCAGUGAGCUCUGGGUGAAGGGGGAGAAGGUGACCUGUGGAUACAUCAGUGAAGACACCAGGGUGGUGUUCAGAUCCACAUCUGCGAUGGUGUACAUCUUUAUUCAGAUGAGUUGUGAGAUGUGGGACUUUGACAUCUAUGGUGAUCUCUACUUUGAGAAAGGAGUCAAUGGUUUCCUAUCUGAUCUUUUUGCAAAGUGGAAGGAGAAGAACUGCAGUCAUGAGGUGACAGUGGUACUCUUCUCACGUACAUUCUAUAUUGCAAAUACGAUAGAGGAAUUUCCAGAAAUUCUGCGAGGGUCUAUCAGACAGGAUCAUGAGGGACGCUUUUAUGAAGAUUUUUACAGGGUUGUUGCUCAAAAUGAGAGACGGGAUGAGUGGACAUCACUGCUGGUCACCAUCAAGAAGCUUUUCAUUCAGUAUCCUGUCCUGGUGCGGCUGGAAGAAGCAGAUGGUUUUCCUGUUAGUUAUAACUCAACUGCUGCUGAGGGAAACUACUUGGAGGCCAUUAACCUUUCCUUCAAUGUGUUUGACAAGCAUUACAUCAACCGCAACUUUGACCGCACUGGGCAGAUGUCAGUGGUCAUAACACCCGGUGUAGGGGUUUUUGAAGUCGACCGUUUGCUUAUGAUUCUCACCAAACAGCGAAUGAUCGACAACGGUAUUGGUGUAGACUUGGUGUGUAUGGGGGAGCAGCCGUUGCAUGCAGUACCAUUGUUCAAGCUGCACAAUAGGACCACACCUGGAGACUCUCGUGUGGGUGAUGACUAUAACCUCCCUCACUGGAUCAACCACAGCUUCUACACCUCUAAAAGUCAGAACUCCUGUGGCUCCUUCACUCCUAGAAUUAAACUGGCUGGCCGAAAGAUUCAUGCAGAGAAAUCCAAGAUCAGCAAGGACCAUACUCUCGGUACUCCAAAAGACACUGACAACAGCCUACCUAUACAGGUGGACUAUGAUGCCUAUGAUGCUCAGGUGUUCAGACUACCAGGACCAUCACGAGUUCAGAGGAGCACAAACUUCAGAAUUGGUCGGGACAAAGAGAUAAGUGGGAGGAAGAGCUGGGGCUCUGUUGAUGUCACUGCUGGCAUAGGUGUGUCCCCACCGAUUCGCUCUGUAGGGCCUGAGGAACAGCGUAGCUUGGCCUCUGAUGAUAGUUUGGGCCCUGUGUCCAACGUGCUGCUGAUACCCCGUUUGCCUCCUGCCCAAUAUGAAGUCAGUAGCUCCCUUGGAUACACCAGCACCAGAGAGUUGUUGGAGAAGAUGAUGGACUCUCAGCGGGACUCCAGUGCCCCUGGCCGGUUCACAGUGGGAAGUGCUGAGUCUACUCUGCACAUCCGUCCUGGAGGUUACACUCCUCAGAGAGCACUCAUAAACCCUUUCACCCCAUCCAGGAUGCCCAUGAAGCUCACCUCAAACCGCAGACGCUGGAUGCACACCUUCCCUGUUGGUCCUUCUGGAGAGGCGAUACAGAUCCAUCACCAAACCAGACAGAAUAUGGCUGAACUGCAAGGCAGCCAGAAGAGAGAUCCUGCACACACCUCUGCUGAGCUGCUGGAGCUGGCAUAUCAUGAGGCCACUGGACGGCGAACAACUUUACGGCAAGGAGGAGACAACAGCCUUUACAUUGGUGGAGGGAUGGAAGAGUUGACUGGAAGUCCUGGGAACAACAGUAGUGGAAUGAUAACCAACCGGGGCUCAUUUGAAGACUUUUCCCUCAGCGGUGCUAACCCGACCCUGCUGAUAUCUGCACCCCCGACAGUGCCCAGCUUCUGCUGCACAGUUGGGGUAGACUGGAAGUCCCUGACCACACCAGCCUGCCUGCCCCUCACCACUGACUACUUUCCAGAGCGCCAGACGCUGCAGAACGACUACACUGAAGGCUGCUAUGACUUGCUUCCGCACAGUGACCUGGAGAGGCGGGAAGAUGAAUCCCCAGUGAUGAGUGCGUCUCAAGUGUUUGAGGAGUUCAUAUGCCAGAGGUUGAUGCAGGGGUACCAGAUCAUUGUUCAACCCAAUAACAGGAAACAACAACCCUCUGUGGCCACACCACUUGGCAGCAGCCCUCAUUACAGCAGAGGUCUUGUGUCUUUGCAUCGAGCUGAGGAGGAGAAUGUGUACUGGCUUAGUAUGGGCCGCACUUUCCAUAAAGUCUGCCUCAAAGACAAGAUAAUCACAGUUACUCGCUACCUGCCCAAGUAUCCGUAUGAGUCAGCUCAGAUACCGUACAGCUACAGCUUGUGUCCUCCACACUCUGAUGCUCAGUUUGUUUUCUGCUGGGUGGAGUUUGGCCAUGAAAGACUGGAGGAAUAUAAGUGGAACUACCUGGACCAAUACAUCUGUUCUGCUGGCUCUGAAGACUUCAGUUUGAUUGAUUCCCUGAAGUUCUGGCGGACUCGCUUCCUCCUCCUUCCAGCUGGUGGAGCUCGGCGUGUGGCAGAUGGGGAGGGUCACUGGGAUGUGUAUGGGGAUGGAGCUGGUGCUGGGAUGAGCAGCAGCGGAGACUGGGUCUUACUGGAUGGCUUUAUCCGCUACCUGGAGGGCCUCAAUCGCAUCCGUCGUCGCCAUCGCUCUGACAGGAUUAUCAGAAAGGGCACACCAUUGAAAGGACUUCAGGUUACCACUCAUCCCCUUCCCUUUCCUACUGAAUCUUUGGCACCCCCUCAAGGCAAAAAAGGCACUUCAGCUUUGUCAGCGUUGCUGGAGAUGGAGCAGAACCAGAAGACACUGGAGGAGCAGCAGCAGGCAAAACCCCAAACAACUGUCGGUGACCUCACAAGUGUGGCCACAGCUCCCACAUACGUAGACAGUCCCCGGAGGGAUGCUGCCUUUAUUUUGGAUUUUAUACGUAGCCCUCGCUCGUCCUACAUCUAUUGCUCUCAGUUAGCUGAUGCCAACGAGGCUGUAGAUAAAGGAGUCCCUCCUUCAAUGACAGCUGGAGCAGCAGCAGCGUCUGUAUCAGAGACUGCAGCCAGCAGCAGCAGCAGCACCACAGACACCAGGUAACCUCAUACCUCAUGU